UGAUCAUCGUAGUGCCACUUCCGGGAAGAAGAGGUACUGUAGUAUCUGGUAUACAAGGUAACGGAGUAUAACGUCUCGACUCUGGACAUCAGGCAGGUGAAAGAUGACAGCGGUGGCUAUGGCUCCGGCCAUGUCCCACAAUAACAAUGGAAUAAUACAAGUGGUGAACGAAAGUAAUUUAACUAAAAUAGAAAGCUUCCUCAACGACACGGCUUACAGAGAAGCCAUUGAAAACUCCUCCAAUUAUAAUAGUCGAUUAUGCCGGGAACGACGUCUUCGUAUGCCCUUUCUCGAUUCGCAAACGGGUGUGGCACAGAAUCAUUCUGCACUUUUUAUGUCCUCAAGAGAAAGAUUACCAGGGUUGUUACAUGGUCAAAUCUACACCUAUCCAAGUAAAAGAUGGCGAAAAAAACGACGGCAAUACUUGAUGCACUAUCUGCAUCCAAAACGAGGACCAAGAGGUGAUACAGAGGAUGGAACAGAAGGUGUAGAAGCUGUUACGCACAUAAAUGAUGAUAGUAAAGAUUCAGUAGUGCUUAAAGAUGAACAUAGUAAAGAUGCUUGGUAUUAUGAUGAACAAGAUAUGUUAGAUAUGGAUGCCUACGAAGAACCUGAUCCUGAUAGCGAUUAUGAUUAUGAAGAGAGUUAUAGUAGUAAAAGAAAACGCAGAAAAACUCGUGGAGGUGGCCAUCAUCCUGCUCGUAGUCAUCCACCUUCAACAGAUAGUCCAGGCGGUAAACGAACAAAGGGUGGGGGUCGUGGACGCAAAAAAGCCAAUUACGACACUGUUGACACUGAUAAACCAUUCGUUUGUGACCUAUGCAGCGCACGGUAUAAGACCAGACCUGGUCUGGUCUACCAUUACGGUCAUUCCCACUCUACUUCCUCCGGUGAUCCUGCUAAGGAACUAAGUCCCAGUCCUGCCGAAGUUGAACCUAGGAGCGUUGCAGACACCGCUGCUUCGAACCAGCCAGGUGGUACGCGUCGGGGUCGUCAGAAUGCUACUUCCUCGAAUACCUCGAGUCCUUCCCCGGCGGCCCCAGCCGUCGCAUCCGCUGCGGGAACGGCGUCGCAACCAUCGCAACAAUCGCAGCAGCAGCUGCAGCCGACGUCCGCGCAGACGCCCAUCGCUCCAGCGUCGCCCACCAUCUCGGCCAAGGAAGAUCAUCUGCCUGCCGUGUCCUCGCCCGGUAGCACCGUCGUUCCGUCGCUCUCCUCCGCGGAGACCGUGACAGGAGGGUCGCCCACCCCCGGAGGAGGAGGAGGAGGUGGAGGGGCGAGCGGCGGCGGAGCUGGAGGACCGAUCGUGGAGAAGAAGGCCGGCGGCAAGUCGUCCGCGGCGCAACCGUCCCCGUAUUGCGACUUCUGCCUGGGUGACGCUCGCGAGAACAAGAAGACGGGGGGAUCCGAGGAGUUGGUGUCGUGCAGCGACUGUGGCCGCUCAGGGCAUCCAACUUGUUUGCAAUUCACUGCAAACAUGAUCGUUUCUGUUCGCAAGUACAGGUGGCAAUGUAUCGAAUGCAAAUGCUGCUCCAUUUGCGGCACCUCUGACAACGAUGAUCAGUUGCUGUUCUGUGACGACUGUGAUCGUGGAUACCACAUGUAUUGUCUGUCUCCGCCUCUUGCAUCACCUCCCGAGGGCUCCUGGUCGUGCCGCUUAUGCAUAGCUGAAUUUCAUCGCCGUGAUUAAGUUCACUCUCAGAUAUAGAUAUAAGUCAUGAAGCUAUCCUUGUUAUUGCUGCGGCAUACAACGUCUUGGUCGUUUUAUUAGGAGAAUUAGGAGAGUAUUCACGAGAGCUCACUCGUAUAGUAUUAUACGGCAUACACCGGUAAACUUUUUGAGAAAAAAAAAAAAAGAAAAGACUUCUAUUGACUACUAUUUAUUACAAAAUUGCCAUUGAUUUAUCAGCUUCCUGUAAAAUUAUGUUAAUAAUAAUGAUGACGAUAAUAAUAAUAAUAAUAAUAAUAAUAAUAAUAAUUAAUGAAGGAUACGUUUAGCGUAACUACAUUAGAUAUCUCAGGCACUGGUGAUCUCGACGAGAUAAAGAUGUAUAAGGAGACACAUAUUUAUAUAAUUUAACCGAGAUAGCUUUUAGAAUAUAAGUGUAUAAAGAUAUAACUCAUGACUGUCAGCAAAGUUCUGUAGAGAGAACGAACAGAGAGAUUAUUAAUUUUAAAGACAAAGACGGAGUUCGAUUUACCGAUGAUCUUAGAUUUUACAUUCGUACCGAACAAAGUGUAUUUUUUGCUCAUUUUACGAACUGACACAUACAUAUACAUAUAUAUAAAUAUAUACAUACAUAUGUAUAUAUACACGUUUAUAGCGAUAUUACUAACAAACGAACUAUAAGAGGUUUAGUCGAAGAUCGUUAAAUAGGACAAUACUCUCCUAGUUCUAUAUAGACUAUUCUACUCUUAGUCAAUAAUAUAUUUAAAAUAUUUCAUUUGCAUUCAGAACUUUUACAAUUGCUUAAAUUUAACGAUAAAUUUGGCGAUCUCGAGUUUUCACACUAACUCUUAGCUCCUCGCGCUAUCGACUUGGUAGGAAACCAAGUUUCAUAGGAAAGAAAAAAAAAAGAAAAAGAUAUGGAAACGAAAAAAUUUAUUCUAGAAAAUCAUGAUAUUAAUAGUAUUUGUUCCAUGAAUAGUGAUAAAAGUAAAAUAUUAUCUCUGUUUCUCUGUAUGUAUCAUGAUACUCUAAAGCUUUUACACUUAAUGAGGUAACUAUUAGUAGUGACAUAGCUGUCAUACGCAGACUUGCAGCACACUCGCAGAAAGAUUAUAUGUUCUUCGUCACACAUUUAGCCCAGUAUUUUUAUAUUUUAUAUAUUAAAUGUACUUAAUUUUAAGAAACUGUGGUGAUAUUUGGUAUUCGUUAAUGUCAAAUUUUAUUUCGUAAUUUGACAAUUUUACAAUCGCCUAAUUGUAUAACUAGUGUUAUAUAUCAUUCAAAUUUUUGUCGACUCAUCCUUAAGUUUUUCUCUCCUCGAUUAAACCUGAUCAAACUUAUACAUCGCUUAUUUUUAUGUAUACAAAUUGGAAUAAACGUUAGUUUAUACAAACUGGA